CUUCAUUCUUCUAUAUACAGUUAUACACAUAUAUUUCAUGUAAUAUGCAUGUUUUGUUUAACCCUUUUAAUUCUUUUUGUCUAAACCUUGAUUAGUCUCCUCAAUCUUUCUAGUAUUAAUAAAGGGUCUUGUUCAAAUAUGCUUAAAGAAUAGUAAAGUUGAAGUCUUUGUUUAUAUUUUUGAAUAGUUUUUAUGUAUACAUAGAGGGUCUGUUCUGGUCUUUGUUUUGGGUUUUUUACUUCUCUCUCUGCUUCUUUCUAGUUGCCCCCUCUAGAUCUGAGCUUUCUUUCAAACCCUAGGGCCUUUCAUCCUCUUUCUUCUUCUAUACAUACAUAUACAUAUAUUCACAUGCCAAAUUUCAAGACUUGAAGAAUCAGCCUUGGAUUAUGAACAAGAUGAAUCUUCCUGGGAUUUUGUGAGUUUGAAGUCAAAUUUGUUCACUUGUCUCAAAGCUAGAGUUUGUAUGUAUUUGCACUGUAUUUUAUGUUUUUGAAUAGUUUAUAUUGUAUAUCUUGGGAUUUUGAGUGGCUUUGAGAUUGAAAGGUGGGUGCUUGAUUGGUUAUUUGCAAACAUUGUGUUUAAAGGAGCUAGUUGUAUUGAUUACAUUCAUAAAAAUAGAGCCUUUUGGAUUUUAGGUGGAUAUGGAUAUUAGUAUAUGGUGUUGAAUAGCAACAGAUAGGCGGGUGAUUGAUUUUUUAUUGUUUUGAGAUUGCUGGCUUUGGUUUGGUAUUGGAAAAGUGAGUUUUUGAGGUCAUGGCACUUAGGGCUUCAGCUCCUGAAGCUGCCAAGAUUGCAAUUGAGUCUAUUGGAUGUGGUUAUGAUAUAUCGCUGGAUUUGAGGCUAAAGUAUCGAAAAGAAAAUUCAAAGAAUUCGCGGUUGAUUGAAUUUCAUGACGAUCGUGGUAGAGAAAUUGUUCUUCCUGGUGGAAUUGUGAUUCCCAAUGUGCCUAAAGCAAUCAAGUGUGAUAAAGGGGAGAGGACUCGUUUUCGCUCUGAUGUUCUCACUUUUCAGCAGAUGUCAGAGCAUUUUAACCAAGAAAUUUCGCUGUCCGGGAAAGUACCUUCAGGACUCUUCAACUUUAUGUUUGAGUUUACUGGUAGUUGGCAGAAAGAUGCAGCCAACACCAAAACACUUGCUUUUGAUGGAGUUUUCAUCACAUUGUACACAGUUGCACUUGAAAAGACUCAGAUGGUACUUUCUGAUCAUGUGAAGAAAGCCGUUCCCUCGUCAUGGGAUCCUGCUGCCUUGGCAAGGUUUAUUGAAAAUUUUGGUACUCACAUUAUUGUUGGUGUGAAGAUGGGAGGAAAGGAUGUAGUAUAUAUGAAGCAACAGCAUUCAUCAUCUCUUCAACCAGCUGAUGUACAGCAAAAGUUAAAGACAAUUGCAGAUAAAAGAUUUGUGGAUACAAGUGGGCAACAUAAACUGGACACUGAACAUUCUUCUCAGAAUGACAAGUUUCAAGGCAAGGAGCAGAGGCUGCGGUUUGCAGAUAUUGACUCUUCAACUUCUUACUCACAUAAGGAGGAUAUAGUAAGCAUAUGCAAAAGGAGGGGUGGCAGUGAUAAUAAAAACUUGGCCCACGAUGAGUGGUUACGUAGUGUUCAGUUCGAACCUGAUGUCACUUCAAUGUCUUUCAUCCCAAUUACCUCUCUGUUGAAUGGUGUCUCAGGGAGUGGAUUCCUAAGUCAUGCCAUUAAUCUGUACUUGCGUUAUAAGCCGCCAGUUGAGGAACUUCAUCAAUUUUUGGAAUUCCAGUUGCCACGGCAGUGGGCGCCUGUGUUCAGUGAUCUUCCCCUGGGUCCACAGCGAAGACAACAAAGCACCUCUUCUUUGCAGUUCAGUUUCAUGGGCCCUAAGCUUUACGUGAACACCACUCCGGUUGAUGUAGGCAAGAGGCCUGUGACAGGUCUCCGGCUAUAUUUAGAAGGAAAAAGAAGCAAUCGUUUGGCACUGCAUAUGCAGCACCUCUCCUCUCUUCCAAAAGUCUUCCAACUUGAAGAUGAUCCAAAUGGAAAUUUCCGCCAGGAAUCAUAUGAUCGUAAAUUUUAUGAGAAAGUUCAGUGGUCAAACUUCUCUCACAUCUGCACUGCUCCUGUUGAAUCCGAUGAAGAUUUAUCUAUAGUUACCGGAGCAAAAUUAGAAGUUAAGGAUCACGGCUUCAAAAGAGUACUCUUUCUACGACUUCGCUUCUCAACAGUUGUGGGAGCUAUUUCAGCAAAGCUUCCAGAAUGGGAUGGUUCCCCGGGUUUGACUCGUAAAUCGGGGCUGAUAUCAACUUUAAUAAGUCAUCAUUUUACAACCACCCAAAAGCCAUCCCCACGGCCAGCUGAUGUGAAUAUAAACUCAGCAAUUUACCCAGGUGGCCCUCCAGCACCAGUUCAAGCACCCAAGAUGUUAAAAUUUGUCGACACAACAGAGAUGGCACGAGGGCCUCAAGAAACGCCAGGAUAUUGGGUUGUGUCUGGAGCAAGACUGGUGGUCGAAAAAGCCAAGAUCUCUCUCCGGGUAAAGUACUCACUGCUGACCGUAAUAUUACCCGACGACGAUGAAGAGCUGCAAGCAGAGUCCUAACAUUAUUGCCUUCCACUUGAAAUCACUUAGAAUGAUCAUCUUUAAUACAUAGGUUGUAAGUUGUAACCUUGUCUAUAAUCGAAAGAGCAGGGUGUACUAUAUUUUGGUUAGAAAGAGCCUAUGAAACAUAGAAUGACCUAAUUACAAGAAUCCCUAUAAAUGUGCUGUAAAUUACUUUUGGCUA